UCUCGCCGAUACCUUCGCCUGCCCUGUCUUAGGGGCUCCGAGAGGAACCGGGAACCAGACGGAUCGAGCCGGGUCUUGAGGGGAAGAGGGGCGAGGGACGACGAGGAAGAAGAGGAGGAGGCCACAGCGGGCUGUAGUGCAAGUCCGUGUGGGGGAAACGCCGGAGUGUGUGGCCAGACCGAACUCCUGUACUUAAGCAAAAUACUCAAGAGACGCAGAAAAAUGCAAACGAACUCAACACCGGAACCGGCCGCGGAGGACUCAAACGCCGAACCCGGAACUGAGCAGGAGAGGGCCCUUCGUGAUGAGAUCGAGAGACUGGAGGAUGAAAAUGAGGAUCUUAAGUGUGAGAUCGAUGAGAUGCGGGCGGAAAUGGAUGAAAUGCGCGAUACGUUCUACGAGGAGGACACACACCAGCUGCAGGAAAUGCGGAGAGAGCUCGAGAGAGCGAACAAGAGCUGCCGAAUCCUCCAAUACCGCCUUCGAAAGGCCGAAAGGAAACGGGCACGAUUUGCACAGAGUGGGGAGGUGGACGAUGAAGUGCUUCGGAACCUUGAGCAGGAACUUAAGGUGGCGAAGGACGUGUCUGUGCGUCUGCAUCACGAGCUGGAGAAGGUGGAGGAGAAGCGCACUAAGACAGAGGAGGAGAACGACACCCUGCGAGAGAAACUCAUCGCGCUGGAGGUGACCAAACAGGCCCUGCAGAGCGAGGUGGAGAAGCACAAAGUGCCACAGAAGAGAAGAGGCAGUAAAGAGAAGUCUGAGAGGAGAACCACACCCACUGAGGACGACGACAGCGACGACCUGCGCUGCCAGCUGGCCUUCCUGAACGAGGAAGGGGAGCUGCUGAGGAAGAGGAUGGUGGGCGUGGAGAAGGAGCGCGAGGCGGCCGAGCAGCAGCUGCACCAGUACCGCACACUCUACGGCGAGCUGCCCCCCAGCCACCCGCCGCACACCCCGCUCCACCCCAAGGGCGAGGCCGCCGGACCGCCCAGCACCCGCGAGGCCGAGCUCAAGCUCCGCCUGCGCCUGGUGGAGGAGGAGGCCGACGCGCUGAGCAGGAAGAUCGUGGAGCUGGAGGUGGAGAACCGCGGGCUGCGGGCCGAGCUCAGCGACCUCCGGGGUGACGAGGCGUCCGGAGGGGGAGGGGGCGUGGGCCGGCCGCAGGGGCCGGGGCUGUCCGAGCUCCGGGAGCAGCUGCUGCUGCUGGAGGAGGAGGCCGAACUGCUGCGGCGGAACCUGUCUGAGGCCGAGGAGCGCAACGAGCGGAUGACCGCCGAGCUGCAGACGCUGCGCUGCAGGGACGCGGGCGGCCUGGGGGGGCCCGGCAGCGGCGCGGAGUCGGUCCAGGAAGAGCUGCGCGCGGCCCGCCGUCAGGUCAACGCUCUGGCCGGCAAGGUCCUGCAGCUGCAGACGGAGAAGCGGCGGCUCAUGAGUGACCCGCUGCUGGCGGCCUCCACCUCUGACCUCUCGGUGAGCUCGCGCGACAGUCCCACGCCCGGCGAGGUCGAGACGCACCCGUCCUCACGCCAGAGGGAGGGACCCGUGGGCGGCGAGAGUGACCCAGACGAGGUGUUGAUGACCGGGGGCUCUUCCUGGUCCCAGUUUCUCAUUGAUUCCCGGCCAUCCUCCUCCCUGGGUCGUAGCGGCGGUGUCCGGCAGCCCCUUAUUGGCUGCCAACAGAUGGUGGACAUCCGCCAGGAGGCCGAGCGAUUGGGCGGCACCAUCGAGCGGCUCAUCAGCGACACCAGCUCCAUCAUCACCGACGCCCACACCGGCGCGUCCUCCUCCUCCUCCUCCUCCUCGUCCGUUGUGAACGGCAGUCUGAUGGCGCAGGACGAGCUGCCAGCGGAGGCGGGCAGUGGGAGUGGGCGGGAGCAGGAGCUGCUGCAGCGAAUCAACGGCCAGAUGAAGGGCUUCCGGAGAGAUCUGCAGGGCUUCAUCCAACGCCUGGAGCCGCCCAGGGGACAGGGCCGCGACCCCGAGGAAACGUCUCAGAUGUUUCAGCCCAUCAUUUUGCUCAUCCUGAUGCUAGUGCUCUUCUCAUCCCUCUCUUAUGCCACAAUCUUCAAACUCGUCUUCCUCUUCACCCUCUUCUUCGUUCUCUAGUCUCAGAGAGCUCACUCUCUUUAUUAUUUCGCAUUGCUAUACAUUUCAUUCAUCCAUGUUAUUGUUGUUGUUAUUUUGUUUUGUUUUAAAACUGUCAUGGUCACACAAGUACAGAAGACCCAUCCCCAGGCUUUACUCAUGCAUCCCAGUUCCAGACUACAUUUCCCAGAAUUCAAGCUGGCCAGUGAGCUCUGUCCAUACCCCC